AGGAAAAGAUGGCAUUGAGUGGUAAAAGAGUAGCUCAGAUUGAGAUCAAGCCGAAGGGCGACGUUUUUCACAAGUUAUGGAAGGCAAACCCGCACCACAUUCCUAACUUGAGCCCGACUUUAGUUCAAAACUGCCAACUCCAUGAGGGUGAAAUCGGAACCGUGGGCUGUGUACUCCACUGGAACUAUUUGUAUGAAGGAAAAGACUGUGUUGCAAAGACUCGAAUCCUUGCCAUUGACGACGAGAAAAAGUUAACCACCUAUCAGGUAGUUGAAGGCGAUUUUCUCAAACUAUAUAAGAACAUUUAUAUGUAUUGUCAUGUAGAUACGAAGGGUCCAAAUCACGUGGUCACAUGGACAUUUGAGUAUGAAAAGUUAAGCCCUGAUGUUCCUGAUCCAGACGCACUCCUGGACUUUUAUAAAAGGCUCACCAAAGAUAUAGAGACAAAGCAUCUCUAGAAUGAUAAUGUAUGAAAGUCAAAGUCAAAUACCACGAGAGGUGACACUAAAUAAUUGACUUUCAGUGAGUGCAUGUUGUGUUUCCUGAUCAUGUGUAUGUGUUGUGUUUGCUGGAUGCUUUUAUAUGUAAAAG